CUGUAGUGCCGUAUGUGACCCGCAGGGGUCAGUAUGGCGUCAUCACUGCGCCGCUAGAGAAGAAGAAUUUGAUCGUGGUGGGCGCGUAUGCUACCUGGUCCGGUGAACGCUGCUGAAAAGCGACUGCCAGCCGCCUGAGCCAUGAGCGAGUUCAGGAUCCACCACGACGUGAAUGAGCUGCUCAGCCUGCUUCAUGUGCGGGGCGGGGACGGAGCCGAGGGCUACAUAGACCUGCUGCAGAAACACAGGACCCCCUAUGUCACCACCACAGUGUCUGCGCACAGUGCAAAGGUCAAGUUAGCAGAGUUCUCCAAAACCCCGGAGGAUUUCUUGAGAAAGUAUGAGGAGCUCAAGUCUAAAAAUGUUCGUAACCUCGACCCUUUGGUGUAUCUGCUCUCCAAACUCUGUGAGGACAAAGAGACCCUCCAGUUUCUGCAGCAGAAUGCCAAAGAGAGAUCAGAGUCUUCAGCGAAUGGCACCUCAACCACGACAACCAGUUACACUCUGCCUCAAACCAGUACCAAGAUGUCCAUGCAGGAGCUGGACGAGCUGCGUAAGAAGCUCGGCAACGUGACAGCCAGCUCCAACGCUCCGCUGCCUGCAGAAGUCACACGGAAAAUGCUGAGGGACAAACACAACAAGAAGAACCCCACCCAGCCCAACCCCAUCUUCCCCAACUGGGUGUACGAUCGUCCAGCUCUCAUCGGAGACUUCAUCACCAGCCCCACCCCUCAAGGAGAACCAGCUGUGCCCGUUGGUACACUGCCCCUGGGGACGCAGGAACAAGCUCUGGUGGAGGAUCUGCUGUUCGUCCUGAUCGGAGUAGACGGGCGAGACAUCACCGCGCAGCCUGUGCUGGGGCGGCAGAAUCGCUCCUUCAUCGUAUCCAACGUUGGACAUGUCUGUCAAGAGCUGGUCAACAGAAUAUUACCAGUUGCUUCGUACUACUCCACUAUAACACGUUUCAUUGAGGAGAAAUCAUCUUUCGAGUAUGGCCAGGUGAACCACGCCCUGACAGCAGCAAUGAGGACGCUGAUGAAGGAGUAUCUGAUCCUGGUCACUCAGCUGGAGCACCUCCAGCGACAGGGCCUCCUAUCCCUGCAGAAGCUCUGGUUCUACAUUCAGCCCACCAUGCGGACCAUGGAGAUACUGGCGUCUAUCGCAUCCUCAGUGGACAAAGGAGAGUGUAUGGGUGGGUCCACACUGAGCCUCCUCCAUGACAGGACCUUCAACUACACCGGUGAUAGCCAGGCUCAGGAGCUGUGUCUCUACCUCACCAAAGCAGCCAGCGUCCCAUACUUUGAGAUCCUGGAGAAGUGGAUCUACAGGGGCAUCAUCAAGGAUCCAUACAGUGAGUUCAUGGUGGAGGAGCAUGAGCUGCAGAAAGAGAAGAUCCAGGAAGACUACAAUGACAAGUACUGGGAUCAGCGAUAUACCAUUGUGCAACAUCGGAUUCCCUCCUUUCUACAGAAGAUGGCAGACAAAAUACUAAGCACAGGGAAAUAUCUCAAUGUGGUGCGGGAGUGUGGCCGGGACGUGACGUGUCCUGAUGCUAAGGAGGUGCUGUAUACCUUGAAGGAGAGAGCCUACGUGGAGCAGAUAGAGAAAGCCUACAACUAUGCCAGCAAGGUGCUUCUGGACUUUCUCAUGGAGGAGAAGGAGCUGGUCUCACGUCUGAGAUCAAUCAAACAUUACUUUCUGAUGGACAAAGGAGAUUUCUUUGUGCACUUCAUGGACCUGACGGAGGAGGAGAUGAAGAAGCCGGUGGAUGACAUCGUUCCUCCCAGACUGGAAGCUCUUCUGGAGCUGGCUCUGAGGAUGAGCACGGCCAACACAGACCCCUUCAAAGAUGACCUGAAGAUCGACUUAAUGCCUCAUGAUGUCAUCACUCAGCUGCUGCGAGUGCUGGCCAUCGAGACCAAACAAGAGAAGGCCAUCAUCAACGCCGAUCCACCGGACGUGGCCCUCAGCGGGCUCGAGGCCUUCUCCUUUGACUACAUCGUCAAAUGGCCGCUAUCACUCAUCAUCAACAGGAAAGCACUGACAAGGUACCAGAUGUUGUUCAGACACAUGUUUUACUGCAAACACGUGGAGCGGCUGUUGUGCAACGUUUGGAUCAGUAACAAAGACUUCCGGCAGUACUCCUUACACUCCGCCAAAUGGUUUGCUGCAGCCUUCGCCCUCCGACAGCGAAUGCUCAACUUUGUGCAGAACAUCCAGUACUACAUGAUGUUUGAGGUGAUGGAGCCCACCUGGCACAUCAUGGAGAGCAACCUGAAAACGGCGUCAAACAUCGAUGAUGUGCUUUGCCAUCACACCAGCUUCCUGGACAACUGCCUGAAGGACUGCAUGCUGACCAACCCCGAGCUGCUCAGGAUCUUCUCCAAGCUCAUGUCCGUCUGCGUCAUGUUCACAAACUGCAUGCAGCGGUUCACACAGAGCAUGAGACUGGAGCGUCUCUCUAUGGAGCAGGGGACGAUGGAUGAGCCUUCCCAGCAGAACGAACAUGCCGACGAGCCGGAGAAGAAGAGGCUGACCACGAAGUUUUUAGCUGAGCAUGUGGACUCCCUCCAGUCUGAUGCUGGGUUUGAAGCCACCAUCAGCAAGUUUGACAGUAAUUUCAGCAUGCUGCUGCUGGACCUGCUGGACAAGCUGAGCAUCUACAGCACCAACGACUGUGAGCACAGCAUGAUCAGCAUCAUCUACAGGCUGGAUUUUAACGGCUUCUACACUGAGCGGCUGGAGAGGAUGGCCAUCGAGCGUAGUCAGAAAGCAGCAGCGUAGUAUGUCAACACUUCGAGUGAAGAUCCAGCAAUAAGUGUCAUCAUGCCUGCUCAUCAGUCCAACCGCCUACAUAUUUAUAAUAGUUCAAAGAGCUCAGACAACUGCGUGUAUAUUAUAUAUAUGUUGUGUAUGAAAUGUAGAGUAAUUAAUGUCUGCAGUAUCAUUUUAGUGCUUCAGCUCUGAAAAUGUGAGUUGUGACACUGCUUAUGGGUAACUUAUUGUACCUGUAUAUGUAUGAAAGUGUAUGUUUGUAUUGCAUUUAAUUAAAACAAGAAUUUACUGAA